AUGUCUCUCUCCAAAGCUCCAUUAGACCAAGAAGAUCAAGAUGCCAUCAUCUUAGAUGCUCGUCAUGGGGAAAUCGGUUCUUUAAGGGAAAUAUUCACUACACUUAUCGACCCAUCAUUACUCCCCACAUGUCGUGAUGAAGAUACUGGGACCACCGCACUACAUAUGGCUGCAGGUAACGGACAUAUUAUGGUGGUUCAAUACUUAUUAUCUUUGCUUCCAGACGAGGAUGACAGAAAGGAAUAUGUGAAUGCCGUGAAUAAUACAGGAAACACUGCAUUACAUUGGGCGUCCUUAAAUGGGAAGUUGGACGUGGUGAAGUUAUUAUGUGAUGAGUAUGAUGCUGAUCCAUUUAUUAGAAAUCAAUUUGGGCAUGACGCCAUUUUCGAAGCUGAAAACAAUGGGAGAGAAGAAGUGGAAACUUAUUUCUUGAAGAAAUACGAUGUUGAACCAGAGAAUGAAGAAGAAGAUAACGGAAAAACUGAGACUGCAGACGUUGAAGUUACAGAAGGUCAUGAAAUUGAAGAGGUCACUAAGGAAGCCACUGAGGCCUUGAAGGAAGAAACUGAAAAGUUAAACCUCAACUCUUCCAACUAA